AAUCACUGCACUUUGUUACAAAGCCUUUUCCUUUCAUCACGGUCAAAGAAAAACAAAACGUGACUUUACCCUGCAAAGCAGUUGGGUUCCCACCACCGGUAAUCACGUGGUAUAAAGAUGGUCACGCGAUAGAAGAAGAAAGGAAACAUUUUAAGAAAAGACAUUUGGAAAUAAUGAACAUAUUGUAUGAAGAUGACGGCAUCUACACUUGCACAGCGGAGAAUCUGUUGGGCAGAGUUCAGUUAUCAGUCAACUUAACUGUGAACGUACCUGCAAAGUUUGUCACAAAACCAAAGAGUUCUGUAACCGCUUACAAGAACUGGGAUAUGAUUCUCAAAUGUGAUAUAUUUGGCUAUCCCUUCCCUGAGGUAAAGUGGACAAGAUCACUCAAGCAACUUCCAAUUAACAGACAUGUCAUUGAUGGUAACAAACUUACGAUAAAAGACACAUCAGAGGAUGAUGGUGGUGCUUACGUUUGCCAGGGUACUAAUGAACUGGGGAGUGUGAUGGCAGUGAUUUGGAUUUUUGUAAAGGAUGUUGUGAAUCCCUUUAUUGUGUCAAGUCCACCCAGUGAAAUUCAAGCGCAGAAUGUUGGUGAUUCAGUCAAGUUAAACUGUUCCGCCCGUGGCUUGCCGCUGCCUAAAGUCAAAUGGUUGAAGGAUGGAAGCGUAAUUUCUACUGCGGCGCACCAGGAGAAUGACUUAAUAAAAAGUGAGUUUGUGAUUCAUCGCUUCGAGCCGAGUGACGCUGGGAUCUACACGUGUCUAUUCGAAAAUGAUAAGGAUGGUACAGCGGAAGCCAGCACAGCUCUAGGGUCCAGUGGUGGUUAUAGCUCGACUUCCAAUGCGUUCAUAUUUUCACUCCGGAACAAAGGAGGUCUUGAGCCAUUCAAGAGCAUGGUGAAAAACCCAACAUAUGCAAUUUUCAGGCACUCAGGUUAUGGUCCGACAUUUGGUGAAGGGAAUGACAUCUACAUUGCUAACUAUGCAAACAGUAACACUUAUUCGCAUACAAACUUUGACGGUUCUUACCUUGUUCCAAGUGGAGUACAAGACAAGCAAACAAUCCUGGCUGGGACUAACAAAUUCACCCCUGACGAGGUGGAGGUGUUUUAUCUUGGUUGA